GGUCCCCAAGUCCGGGCGCGCUGGGAAGCGGGUCCGCCGCCGUCCUCACCGCGCGAAAGGCGCCGGAAGGCCUUUCCCGGCCAAGGAAGCGGACCCUUAGCGCGCGUCUGCCGAGUGUAGCACCGAGGAGGGGUGACCCUGCCACUCUGCAGAGAGGGAGGCCACGACGGCUCUGUCCUUCCGCCCCCAGGACCUUGGCCCCAUCACACUUCCCCGCCUGGAAGCCAGGGGCCGUCUCUCGCGAGGCGUCCUCGGCGCCGCAGAGGCCUCUUUCCGUGUGUAACGCGCGGUCGCCGCCCACUUGCGAGAUCCCGAGGCCUGUUCGCGGCGCGGGACGCCUGGAGCCCGCCCUUCUCUGCCGCACAGCGCGGCGCGGGGCCACCGGCCGCCCCCAAGCUCCAGACCGGGCCGCCCACGCCGGCCUCCCCCUCCCCGCGCUGUCGGGAAAGACCGAGAUGUUCACCCUUCCUCAGGAAGAAUCCAGGGCACCUACCACCUGUCCGGGCUCAGCCUCCACACAGGACCUCAGCAGUAGCUAUGGGGAUGGUCUGGAAGAAGAAUGCUCCAGAAAACCAGACCAGAAGCUGCUGGAGCUCUAUGGAGUGGGCAAUCCCAUCGCCAUGUUCUUCUCUGACAGCUCAUACCUGUCUUCUAGAGGAAGAAUUAUUAAAUGGUUCUGGGACUCAGCUGAGGAGGGCUACAGGACCUACCACAUGGAUGAGUAUGAUGAGGACAAGAACCCCUGUGGUAUCAUUAACUUAGGCACCAGUGAAAACAAACUCUGCUUUGACCUGCUGUCCAGGCGGCUGAGUCAGAGCGACAUGCUGCAGGUAGAGCCGUCCCUGCUACAGUACCCUGACUGGAGGGGACAUCUGUUCCUCCGGGAGGAAGUGGCUAGGUUCCUGUCUUUCUACUGCAAGAGCCCAGCACCCCUCAAACCCGAAAAUGUGGUCAUUCUGAACGGCUGUGCCUCUCUCUUCUCUGCUCUGGCCACGGUGCUGUGUGAGGUGGGGGAGGCUUUCCUGAUCCCUACCCCUUACUACGGGGCCAUCACACAGCACGUCUAUCUCUAUGGCAACGUCCGCCUGGCCUAUGUCUAUCUGGACAGUAAGGUCACUGGGCCAGAUUCACGCCCCUUCCAGCUCACGGUGGAGAAGCUGGAGAUGGCCCUACAAGGAGCUCGUUCUGAGGGUGUGAAGGUCAAAGGCCUCAUCCUCAUCAACCCCCAGAACCCACUGGGUGACAUCUACUCCCCAGGAGAGCUGCAGGAGUACCUGGAAUUUGCCAAAAGGCACAAGCUGCAUGUGAUUAUGGAUGAGGUCUACAUGCUGUCUGUGUUUGAGGAGUCUGUUGGGUACUGCAGUGUCCUAAGCCUGGAAAGGCUGCCUGACCCCCAGAGGACCCACGUGAUGUGGGCGACCAGCAAGGAUUUUGGGAUGUCUGGGCUCCGCUUUGGCACACUGUACACAGAAAACAAGGAUGUGGCCACUGCUGUGGCUUCCCUCUGCCGCUAUCAUGGCCUCAGUGGCUUGGUCCAGUACCAGAUGGCACAGCUGCUCCGGGACCGUGACUGGAUCAACCAGGUGUACCUGCCAGAAAACCAUGCUCGGCUCAGGGCUGCCCAUACCUAUGUCUCGGAAGAGCUCAGGGCCCUGGGCAUCCCCUUCCUGAAGCGUGGGGCAGGCUUCUUCAUCUGGGUUGACUUGAGAAAGUACCUGCCCAAGAGCACCUUUGAGGAGGAAAUGCUGCUUUGGCGCCGCUUCUUGGACAACAAGGUGCUGCUGUCCUUUGGCAAGGCCUUUGAGUGUAAAGAGCCUGGCUGGUUCCGCUUCGUCUUCUCAGACAAGGCCCACCGGCUUUGCCUGGGGAUGCAGAGGGUCCGGCAGGUGCUUGAGGGCAAAUCCCAAGUGGCAGAAGACCCCCCCUCCCUGUCAGACCCAGGAGCCAGGUGACCACCACCGGUGAGCUGGUCAUUGCCGGAGCUCCAGAGGACUGAUUGUGGAUGAGCCAUUGUCAGGAAGAUCUCCAACUUGGCUUUGCCCCUGAAGAAUAGCUGUUUCUUGCCUUUCUCUGUGGCAACGAGAAACUCCUUAAGUUGUGGUUCAACCUGGGCC